UGUCAGACCACCACUGGGCACAACCUCAGCUCAUCUGAACCUGCUGAUUUAAUGUGCUGCUCGCUGUGAUGAGGAAAGAAAGUCAAAGUGACUGAGAACAAAAAAACAAAAACAGCAGACAGAGGAGAAGAAGGAAACUGCAGAGAGCCAGCAGCUGGACCACUGUGGAGCUGUGAGGAGAGACCACCGCAGCCCUGAGCGGCUCCUGAAAAACAAAUAUAAUGAAGACAUCUGAGAUUUGAUGAACUCAUUAGUGAGUAAGAACUGAAAUGAACAAACAAACAUCCUGAGAGAAUUUGUGAAGCAAACACAGCAGAGAGACGCCUCAUGUGAAUUACGUCAGCAGAGAGAAUAUGGCAGUCGCAGGGCCUCAGUGUAUAAACAUCUCAGUGUGCAGGCAGGACGGCUCAGUCAGGGGACAGACAUGGAGUUUAAACAACUGAAAAUUGUCCGUUGCUUUCCUCGCAGUAAUACAUCUUGUUAUAAACUGAUUUAUGAAACACAUGUUUAUGGACUUUAUUACACUUUCUCAUGUCUUUUGCUUUUCUCGACAGUCUUUGGAAAUCUUCUUGUCAUCAUUUCUAUUUCUCAUUUUGUUCAGCUGCACACGCCGACUAAUCUUCUGAUCCUUUCACUCGCAGCGGCCGAUUUCUUGGUGGGUUUCUUUGUGUUGCCCAUCACUUUUGUUCACCUGAUUGAAUCUUGCUGGUACUUUGGAGUUAUUUAUUGUUAUUUGUAUCAGGCACUUGCAAACUUUAUUAGCAUAUCUGUGAUAUAUAAUGUGGUUUUUAUAUCCAUUGAUCGCUACAUUGCUGUCUGCCAUCCUUUCUUUUACAGCUCAAAAAUAACUUUGACUGUUGCAAAGGUCAGCAUUGCUGUAGUGUGGCUGUUUGCACUUUUAAUUACACUCAUAUUUUUAUGUCUUAGUGAUAUUGAAACAGAGGUAUGUGAAGGAGCUUGUGCAGUAUACACUUAUGAAGAAGUGGGAGCUUUUUUUUUACUCCUUAUUUUUUUUAUUCCUUAUUCACUGAUGAUUGGUUUUUAUAUCAGAAUAUUUGUAGUUGCAAGAAGCCAUUCAAGAGCCAUCAACUGUAUGAUAGAAAAGAGGCAAACUGAGGAGGUGAGUGACAGAAAAAUAUCAAAACCGUCUGAAAGAAAAGCCGCAAAAACAUUAGGAGUAGUCGUGGGGGCUUUUAUUAUCUGCUGGCUGCCUAUCAAUGUAUUCAAUAUGAGUAAUCCAUCUAUUGACCUGAACAUAUUUGCUAUUGCUAAUACGUUUGUGUUACUAAGUGAAGUGAGCUUCGGAGUUAAUCCAAUUCUUUAUGCUUUUCUUUAUUCCUGGUUCAAAAAAGCACUUAAAAUCAUCCUGACUUGUAAAAUAUUUAGUCCGGCUUCUGCAGUGUUCAAUAUAUUGUAAAUGUUAAAACAUAAAGAAAAGAAUUUUCUUCUCUUACAUAUAUUGAUUUUUUUGUUUGCAACAUGCCUGUGUUCAUUUUUCAUGUUAGCAGCUCAUUUCUUAAACAUAUUUAUUAUCAAUUCAAUCUUUUUAUAGUCACUUUAUUGUUGUAAAUGGCAUUUUGUACUGUAUUAGAGUAGAGUGUAGACUGUUUAGAAAGGUUGCUUUUUCUCACCAUCAUUUUUUUCCUUAAACUUCUUAUUUUCAGAAUCUUAUAUAAAGAGCAUUGUAAAUGUAGGAGACUCCUGGCAGUUCAUUUCAAUACUUCAGGGUUUUUGGUGAUGUUAUUUCUUUUUAUGUCGUAGAAUGAUUUUGUAUUUUGCAUUCCUUUAGGACAAACUUCAUGAUCUGGUUAUAAAUUGUUAAGUCAUGUCUUCAAUUUUGCUCAAAAUCUAGAAAUGUAAAGAUCUUUAAAUCUCUGCAGUUACAGUUUAUGCGUCCACAGCAGAGCUCAGAUGACGGCUGAAAUUCUCUUCAGCUUUUGUCAGGCAGGUGGGGAUUUGUUUAUGAAUCAGAUCUUAUAAGAUACUUGUUACUUAAUUAGUUUAGUUUUGUCUCAUGGUAAACUUUUCAUUUUAAAUAUGAAGCUCAUGUUUCCUAUUCCUGCACUUUAAUCCGCACUCCUCCUCACUAAGGCAGCAGAUGACAGACGAGUGCAGACGGAGCAGUCGGCCUUCACUCCUCACACUGCUGGCUCACUAAAUGACACUGA